AUGAUAAUUGCACAGAACAGUAUAGCUCAAUACCUGAACAAUUGCCAAAUUAAGAUUAAAAACGCUUUCAAAUAUUACCAAGCAAGACAAAACAGAUUAAAAGGAAAACAGCUGGUAAGAAUUUUUAUCAGUAAAAACGAUACCUUGGAGCCUAUCUUUCUUAUAGGAAAUUUUACAAAUCCACCUUGGAGAGUAAAGUUACCUUUAGCAUAUUCACUGUCCUAUAAAGAAUACUUCAUUGAGCUAUGGCUAUCCAUAGGUAAUCAGUUCAGAUUGCUUACUUUAACCCAAUUUUGGAAAAUUUUUUAUUAAAUAGAUCUUGAAAAUUCAAUUUAAUAUAUUUACACGUUAAUUUUUAUAAUGUCGAAUAUUAUCUAGCUAAAAAUAACCAUUAAUUAUAAAUAAAUAAAUAAAUUAAUUUUUUUUCUAUCUCUACAAAUCCAACAUCUUUUAUUUUAAUUUUAGGGAAGAGUUAGGGAAAGGUACUUCGUUUGCUAUUCCGAAUUUUCCUCAAAUCGCAGAAAAUAUCCUCAAUAUGGAAAAAGGUAGUAUCUCUAAUAUUAUACUCUUUAGAAAUACUUCUCUAAGAAAGCCUCUACCUUAUCAUCACACUGAUAAUUUAGUUUUGAAAACUGGAGCUUAUUCGGAGGGAAAAAGCCAUUUGAAGAACGAGGAUGCUUAUUUUACUACAGCUCAUUGUAUCGGCGUAGCUGAUGGUGUUGGAGGUUGGAAUCAAUAUGGAGUCUCCAGUAAAGAUUUUGCAAAUGAAUUUAUGCAAAAUUGCAAAAAAUUUGCUGAAAAAUCAAAAUUUUUACAAAUAAAGAAAUGUGCUGAGGAAGCAUUUAAAAACAUUAACAGUGGAGGAAGUGCUCCUACCACGAAGCCCACCCCUCAUCCCUUCAAAAACAAACUACCUAAAUAUAAGAGAUAUUGCUGUUUUUCAAUUCUAACUAGUUCUAGUGCGACUUAUAGCAUGUUUGCUAAUAUAUUAAAUACUCUAUAUCUAUCAUAGAAUAUACUACAUAUUAGACAAAAUUACAAUUAUAAGCAAUGUCUCGGAUUUUUGUAUUAAAUUUAAUAGGCCUUAUCAUUUUUUAUAUAUAAAAUAAAGCUUUUAAAGAAUAAUCUACUAACUCCCCCCCCCCCCCGUGAGUGAACAAAAAAAUUUUGUUCACUCACGGAGGAAGGUUAAUUUUUUUUUUUUAAAAAAAUUUAUAUAUAAAAUUUUAUAAAAUUUUUUUGAAAUUUAAAAAAAUCCUAAUUUGCAAAAAUUUGAAAGCAAAUAUUAAUUUAAUUUAUAAAAUUUAUGUUUUAAAAUGCAAUUCAUUUAAAAUUAAAACAGAAUUAGCUCUAGAUUUCAUUAUAUUAAUUAUCAUUUAUAUAUCAAUUUUUUUUUCCAUAAAAAAUUUUUCUAUUAACUCGCGGAGGGUGGGUUUUUGGGCAAAAAAUGGCGAUUUUUCUAAUGGUUUUGUUCACUCACGGAGGGGGGGGGGAGUAAGCAUAUUAACUUAGCGCUACCAACGUAUUAUCGUGCAUUUACGAAGCAUAAUUAUGCUUGAUUUGAUUUUUGUUUCUAUCCAUUUUAAGGUUGAAUUUGACUGGAUAUAUGUUUAAAAUAAAAUAUAAAAGAGAAAUUCAGUGUAUUGCGCUAUUAACUCUCUCAUUUAUUUUCAAAAAAAUUACUAUAUAAAAUUCUGUUAAUUUAGGGAUAUGAAAUUAAGUAUUUAAUACUAGCAAGCAUGCUAAAAAUAGAAUUAGAACCAAUUAGGACAAAAAUAAUGCAAUAUCUCUAAUAUUUCGUAUUAUCAAGACUGGCAGUUUACCUUUAAAGGAGGUGGGAGGGAUAGGGUGGGUUUUAUGCUUGACCAGAAGUGCAGCUUGAAUUUUAGCUAAUCUAGAAAAAAAUAAACUAAAAAUUUCCAAUCUUGGUGAUUGUGGUAUAAUGACAAUUAGAAAAGUUAAUGGAAAUCCAAGAAUUAUUUUUCAGUCAUCCCCACAAGAACAUUUUUUUAAUACACCUUAUCAAAUUUCUCGUGAGCUUUCCUUAACACAAAUUCAGCAGUUAAAAGAGAAGCUAAGCAAUGAAAAAUAUAUAGAAGUCAUGGAACAAAUGAAAAAUAUCAUUAAAGACAGCCUUUGGGACUCAGACGACUAUUGCUUGAAGGUAAAGGCAGGAGACCUAAUAAUAAUGGCGUCCGAUGGGCUGUGGGACAAUGUUUUCCCAAAGGAAAUAUUGGCCUUUUUAUCAAAAUACAAAGAAGGUAAUUAUAAUCCUAUUGAAUUAGCAAAUCUUCUGGGAAGGUAUGCUUAUUUUAAAUCUAAAUCAAAAUUAUUCUCACCGUUUGAAGAGCGAGUCAAGAAGAAUUAUGGAAAUGGCUGGACUGGGGGUAAGCCAGACGAUGUUACGGUUGUCGUUGCGUCUGUGGCAUAA